CUGGUCCACGUGCCUGCUAUUCAUUCCAAGGCCACACCCUCGGACUCUUAUAAAAGCCGCAUCUUCUCUGACUUGACCAACCAUCCCAGACACAGUACCUGCAAAACAGUCACAGGGAUUGUACAGCGCUGCCUGCCAUGGCCCUGCCCAGCGUGUCCUGGGUGCUGCUCUCCUGCCUGCUGCUCCUGUCUCAGGCGCAAGGUGAAGAGUCCAAGAAGGAGCUUCACUCUCCACGGGGCGCCUGUCCCGAAGGCUCCUAUUCCUAUCGCUUCAACUGCUAUGCUCUGUUCAUGACACCCAAAUCCUGGGCCGAUGCAGAUAUUGCCUGCCAGAAGCGACCCUCGGGGUUCCUUGCGUCUGUGCUCAGUCCCUCUGAGGCAUCCUUCCUGGCUUCUGUGGUCAAGAGCAAUUCAAACAGUUGCCCAGACGUCUGGAUGGGGCUUCAUGAUCCCACACAGGGCUAUGAGCCCAAUGCAGGUGGAUGGGAGUGGAGCAAUAAUGAUGUGAUGAAUUACGUUGCCUGGGAGAGAAAUCCUGCCACCAAUUCUGGCUACUGCGGGAGCCUGUCACGAAGCGCAGGAUAUCUGAAAUGGAAAAACAAUAACUGUGCUCAGAAGUUACCCUAUAUCUGCAAGUUCAAAAAACAAAAACUAAUUAGGUCAGGUGGGAGCCAGCGGCCUGAGUUUGGGAUGUAGCUCAUCGUGGGACCAAGUGAGGACCCGCCAGAAAGGAAUAUUUUUCACACACCCUCAACCUGGAUCUCUUCUUUCUCAUCUUUCCUCCUCCUCACCCUCACUUCAGGCUUCCAUGUGUCCCAUGGCCUGAAGUCCCAGACAGUAGAAAUAAAUAUUUUACUCAA